AUGAGUCAGAGCUCAGCAAAAGGUGCUAUGGCGACUCCAAAGAACUCCCCGAAAACGGCCAACUCGGUGCUGUCCCCAAACCGCAUCACUCGUCUGCAGGAGAAGGAGGACCUGUGCAACCUCAACGACCGUCUCGCCGUCUACAUCGACAAGGUCCGCUCCCUGGAGUCCGAGAACGCCGGACUCAGACUGAGGAUCACCGAGUCCGAGACCGAGGUGAGUCGGGAGCUGGGUGGUCUGAAAGCGGCCUAUGAGAGUGAACUCGCCGACGCUCGGAAGACGUUGGAUUCUGUGGCGAAGGAACGAGCCCGACUGCAACUGGAGCUCGCCAAACUCAAGGAGGAACACAAGGAGCUGAAGGCCAGAAACACCAAAAAGGAGUCGGACUUGGCGUCGGCGCAGCUUCGACUCAAAGACCUAGAGGCUUUACUGAACUCUAAAGACGCCUCUCUGGCCACAGCGCUGGGAGAGAAACGCAGCCUGGAGGCGGAGAACCGGGACCUCAAAACACAAGUGUCAAAGGUGAGCUUCAAACGUGACAAAUGUGACAUCACAGGCUCAGGAUCCACGGCCUCUAAAGUCACGGCUGUGUCCGGCUGCAUCUGA